CGCUGCGUAACACACGAGAGAGAGAUCACGACGUUUGACUUACAACUGGAGCAAAUAUAUUGCAUCGCGUGAUCAGGAGCAUGCAUCAGUAGCCUCUGGUACGGUAAACGAAAUACACGUGCGGCGAUUUUACUGGGGGGAUAUAAUCGUUUAUCGUUAUAGAAGAAAGAGAAAAAAAAAAGAAAAAAAAAAAAAAAGAAGUUCCUGCUCUGUGUUUGCAUUUUAUUCUUGGCUGUGAUACGACAAAUAGUGCCAUUAUUUCUCAUUCCUUUUUAAUUCGCGUUCAUAUUGAAACGAUUAAAUUGGAUCUGAAUCGUUGUAAAUGAUGGGGAAAAAUAAUUCCAGUUCUAAGUGAUUCUUGUAAGCCGUGAUUCUAAACACACAUAAUUCUAAGAAUGAAGAGUACGAACAAUCGCGAGACAGAUGAAAUCGUCGGUUCGUCGUGAGCAAAGCGAGGAACGAAAAUUUCACUCGACGUAAAUAUGGUUAACGAUAGAGCGACAGGAGUUGUGGAAUGAGAUCGAAAAUGAAUGGAAUGGUUUUGGUGGUUGGUUUCCUGAUGACGUUGACGUUGGCGGACGUCUGUGCAGAGAGUAACAGCACCUCGAACAAAGUUCGCGAGAAGAAGGCGCGGAUAGUGGAGAAACUGAAGAGGGACUUCCGGAAGUUGAAGAAGCAAGACGGGGCUGUUAAACUGGUGGGUGGAGAGAACGGCGGACACGAAGGAAACGUGGAAAUACUUCACGACGGGAAAUGGGGCAGCGUGUGCGACGACGAAUGGGAUUACUUGGAGGCCAAUGUGGUUUGCAGGCAAUUAGGCUUCGACGGUGCGAUUAAACCAACGUCGAACGGUCACUUCGGCCAGGCCAGAAGAAGAUAUUGGAUGGACAACGUGUACUGCGACGGAAGCGAGGACGAGCUGUCCAAGUGCCGGUUCGACGGAUGGGGUGCUUCCGACUGCGGGGGCGGCGAAGCGGCCGGUGUAAUUUGCACUCGUGACCAACAAUACGGGGCGAACGAAGGUAAUAAAGGGAUGGCGGAGAGGAAGCCGAAAACGAAGCCAGAGAAACGACGAGUCAAGGAUAUCCAUCAGCAGGGAGUGGCGAUAAGGUUGGUCGGCGGCCGCGUCUAUAGCGAAGGCAGAGUCGAGGUCAAGCUGGGGAAUUCAGAUUGGGGUGUAGUCUGCGGUGAUGGUUGGUCCCUGUUCGAGGCCGCGGUGGUUUGCCGGCAAUUGGGCCUAGGCUACGCCUCCGACGCCGUCCAGGCCAACUUUUUCGGCGGUCAAAGGACACCCGUGGCCAUCAGCGGCGUACAAUGUCACGGCGGCGAGGACGGUUUGAUCGACUGUCUGCACGACAGGCUUCUCGAUUGUCCAGGCACGAUAGAAAAUGUGGCCAGCGUGGUAUGCCUGCGAGACAUGCCGGAUCUAGUGUUCGACCACAUCGAGCUUAUGCGAACGGCGCAUCUCGAGGACAGGCAGCUAUACUGGCUGCAGUGCGCCAUGGAGGAGAACUGCGUUGCUUCCCAAGCUUACAAGAUACAAAAGGAGUCGGACAAUUGGCACCUGGAAACCAGAAGGCUUCUGAGAUUCACCGCGAGAAUUUUGAACGCUGGCACCGCGGACUUUCGGCCGUCGGUACCGAAACAUCUUUGGGAAUGGCACAUGUGUCACAUGCAUUACCACUCGAUGGAGGUGUUCGCCACGUUCGACGUGUUGGACCAGAACGGCACACGUUUGGCGGAGGGUCACAAAGCGUCCUUUUGCCUGGAGGACAAUCAAUGCCUGCCCGGAGUGGAGCCGAGGUACAAAUGCGCCAACUACGGUGACCAAGGUAUUUCCGUGAACUGUAGCGACGUGUACAAGCACAACAUCGAUUGCCAGUGGGUGGACAUAUCGGAACUCGCACCUGGAGAGUAUAUUUUCAAGGUCGCAGUGAAUCCGGAGUUCAAAGUGGGCGAGAUGUCGUUCGACAAUAACGCGGCAAUUUGUCGUCUCCUCUACACGGAAUCGUUCGCCGCUGUGCACGGUUGCGUCAUGGGCCGGCCUUGACCCACGGCGAAUCGUUACGAUCGCGCCGUCCCAUUAUUUCCACUGGACUGGGGG